AUGGCUGUGUUGGAUGCUGUCGGUGUGUACAGUAUACCAGUUUCUUUUUUUUUCCGUCGUCAGGGACCAGACGACAAGCUCCACGACAACCCCUUCAUAGCCCAACCGUUUACCCUUUCCAUGAGGCUGUGGAUUUCGGAAACAAAAGUCUUGACACCGCCGGACCUUUUUCUGACCUUUGUCCCUAUCUCCAUCUAA